CCGGUGCGGAAGGGUCCGGCCCGGCCCAGGUCGGAACAAAGCGUCGGCGACGCAGCAGGCCCAGCAUGGCGGCGCGGCCGGCCCGGCUCCGCCUGUGGAUGCUCCUGCAUCUGCUGCCGCAGGUCUACUGUGAGUAUGGGAUGGUACAUGUCCUUUCAGAGAAGGGGAGCAACAAAGGAAAAGACUACUGUAUUCUCUUCAACUCUCAGUGGGCCCAUUUGCCACAUGAUCUGGGUAAAGCUUCACUCUUGCAACUGCAGGAUCAGACAGCAUCUGUUUUGUGUUCUCCUUCUGAUGUACCUGAUGGGGGAUUUAAUAAUCAAAUACCCAUGGUGAUGCGAGGAAAUUGCACCUUCUAUGAAAAAGUGAGGCUUGCUCAGAUAAAUGGAGCUCGUGGUCUGCUGAUUGUUAGUAGAGAGAGACUGGUUCCUCCUGGAGGUAAUAGGAGUCAGUAUGAAGAGAUUGAUAUUCCUGUGGCUCUGCUUAGCUAUACUGAUAUGUUAGAUAUUGGCAAGAGUUUUGGCAGCUCAGUGAAAGGAGCAAUGUAUGCACCAAAUGAGCCUGUGCUGGACUACAACAUGGUGAUAAUCUUUGUCAUGGCCGUGGGGACUGUUGCAAUUGGAGGCUACUGGGCAGGAAGCAGAGAUGUGAAAAAGAGGUACAUGAAGCACAAGCGUGAUGAUGGGGCGGAGAAACAUGAUGAUGAAACAGUGGAUGUGACUCCCAUAAUGAUCUGUGUGUUUGUAGUGAUGUGCUGCUCAAUGCUCGUCCUCCUUUAUUUCUUCUAUGACCACUUAGUCUAUGUUAUAAUAGGAAUAUUCUGCCUGGCUGCCUCGAUUGGUCUUUACAGUUGUCUGUCUCCCUUUGUAAGAAGAUUCCCCUUGGGAAAGUGUAGAAUCCCAGACAACAACUUGCCUUAUUUUCACAAGCGUCCUCAGGUCCGGAUGUUGCUCUUGGCAGUAUUUUGUAUCUCUGUCAGUGUAGUCUGGGGAAUCUUCAGAAAUGAAGAUCAGUGGGCCUGGGUUCUGCAAGACGCUUUAGGAAUUGCUUUCUGUCUUUACAUGUUGAAAACAAUUCGCCUGCCUACAUUUAAGGGUUGUACCUUACUCCUCCUGGUUCUUUUUGUGUAUGAUGUGUUCUUUGUAUUUAUCACACCUUUUCUAACAAAGACUGGGGAGAGUAUAAUGGUGGAGGUGGCUGCGGGCCCAUCUGAUUCUGCCACUCAUGAAAAGCUCCCAAUGGUCCUGAAGGUUCCACGGCUGAAUUCCUCACCAUUGGCUCUAUGUGACAGGCCUUUUUCUCUCCUAGGAUUCGGAGACAUUUUAGUUCCAGGCUUACUGGUAGCCUAUUGCCAUAGAUUUGAUAUUCAGGUGCAGUCAUCCAGAGUCUAUUUUGUAGCCUGCACAAUAGCUUAUGGCAUAGGCCUUCUUGUGACCUUUGUUGCCUUGGCACUGAUGCAGAUGGGCCAACCUGCUCUCCUCUACCUGGUGCCCUGUACUCUCCUCACCAGCUUCGUGGUGGCCCUUUGGAGAAGGGAGCUUGCCAUGUUCUGGACGGGCAGCGGCUUUGCGAAAGACCUACCUCAGCCUCCUGUGGUGAUAGCUCCAGUCAACUGCCCUCAGCUUCCCAAAGACAGCAGUGUACCAUCCUCUCAACAAGACGCAGAACAAAUGACCAAUCCCACCCUCCACGUGAAGGAGCUGCACAGCUCCGCCUCGACUGAAGAGGGAUUGGCUGAUACCAGCACAAAGACAGAUCAGUCAGAAAUCUCUGUUGCCCACAGUGAGGAACCAACUGCUCAGAAUAAGGAUGACCUUGAAAACAAAUGCCUAAAUGCAGAACAAAACCAGUUGGAAUAAGUGAUGUGAUUAAGAACUCCUUCUUUCCCUCACAAACAUAUCUAUAUAAAACCAGUAUGUAUUCAGGACUGAUUUAGUAGGGUUUGCUUUCUUUGAGGAACCUCAGUAGGAGUCUGAUCAUCAAAUCCAACAAGGAAUGUUCUGUCUCCAGCUUUGGUACAGCUAUAUACUUUAAAACAUCUCUCUGAAAUAUGGUGCUCUCCAGGAGUUCCGACGUGUGGGUUUCAAUGAUCACUGUUAGUGAAUGCCUUUGACCAUUUGUUCCAUUUGCAUUAUAGCAGGGUAGCAUCAAGAGUCUAUUUACUCAGUACUCGGUGCUUGUGUGGCUGUUAUGCUGCUUUACCAUGGUGUAGGUUAAUACAGAGGAAGAGCAUUGAACGAGUCUGCUACAAUGCUUACUUGAGAGAAACACGGUCUCUUUUUAUUUUUUUUUUGGCACUUUCCCUAUUUGUCACCAUUUACUUUACUUCUCCUGACUUGUCAAAGCCAUUGAUAUAAUGGAAUGCAUUAUUAUAAACUGACAUUCAGAAAAUGCAGAGAAUGGUUAAAUUAUCAUUACUCCAAAAGGCUUUAUGCUACCAUGGUGCAUUAAAUGCAUCUCUUAACUUUUGUCUUUGUUUUUACUUCUAGGUACCUGGGCUACUAGUCUAGUUUAAAAGGCAGGGUGAGUAGAGCUCCAGGAAGCUUUCUAGGCAUUCAUGUGAACUCUAAGGGCUCUGAUAAUAAGCAGGGUUGGUCACUGCCUGGAAGCAAAUGCAUAUUAGGAAUGUUUAGAAAUAAUAUAUAAGCCAAAUAGGUAAAAAAAAAUUAGGUAGUAGCACUAUACUAAGCUUAACAGGCAGAUAAAUGUUAAAGGCAGGAAAAUGUUAAAGCGCAAAUGUUCGUAUGUUUGGGGCUUUGAGCUUCUAUUUGUUGUUCAUUCAAGGAAUAUAGUUGUGAUUUCUGAUUCUGAAGAAAAGACUUUGUUUUUUCGUUUCCAAUGGAGCACAUGCGAUGCUAGAGACAGUUGUGAUUUAAAAUCUACUUGCUGCUCAGUAACUUACCAACUGCCUAAGUCAUGUUUUGUCUUUUUCUCAAGAGCAGCCAAAGCGUAGUCUGUCAGGUUCUGGAAUGAGCCUGGGAGCUCAACUGUUAUUUUGCAUCUCUUGCUACAUUGUGAAGGAAUUUGUGAAUUUAAAAAUUUUUGAGUGCAGCUGGUCUUACUUCAGAUUCCUGAAAUUGUGUGUUUUCCUGUAUAACCCAAUUGAGCCUUUUAUGCAUCAGCUUUUGUACCUGGAAAGAUGAUGGGAUUUGCGUAUUACUUGUCCAUCUAAGUAUAUUCAGCUUUAUCAG